CUUGACCAUUCUCUCAUUUCUAUGCCGUUGAUAUGCUACCGAAUGAAGCUGAACUACUAACGACUGGUGUUAAGUCUCCCAGCACAAGUAAAUAUGUGACGCAUGCUGCAAGCCCUGAAGAAGUACUAUUCACACACCGCAGCGACGUAAACCAAUUAGUAUCAAAUGCGCACUCAUCGGGCGACGUGUUUGGUGAUUUUUUGCAAUUGGUUUCGGCGAUUAGCGAGCGGCAGGAUCAGUUCAUGAAAGAUGCUGGGACACGUACUAUCUCCUACGAGAGAACUUGGGAUGCACUCAUGCUUGAGGUCUGCAAUAGUGCACUGCCGGAUCAGCUUAGACAGUGGUUGUCAUGGAGGGACCCUGUAUUUUCUGAGGUGCUGGACUCAGAGUUGCCGGAGCUGGUUAAACCAGACAUUUCUGCGAACCAGCUGCCUCAGAAAUUAUCAGUGUUCAGUUUGGCACAUAUCUCCACACCUCAGCCGGAAGAAGAAGACGAUGCAGACAGUGAUACCAGCCGCUUUGCACGCCAUGUGCUAUCAUCGGUUGACAGUGCACUCAGGUUCCUACAGCAAUUUCGUGAGGGGUGUCAGCUUCUGGAAAAGACGCAUAUCCAGCGAUUCACGCAGUCGGCUAUCAAAGAAACAGUCGCAGAGACCAUCGAGCACAUCGUUCAGUCGGCCGCCGGGAAAUGGGGAACCGAGUGCCUCGACAUUCUCCGGAUGAGCAUAGCUAGCACAAUGGCUGUUUUCGAUACCUUCAUCUCGUCGCCAUCCUACUCGAUUGCAGAGUUUUCUGAAACACAGUUGUUUACCCGCUUCUCUGACCUGCGCACAUCAGAGCUAUUCAGCAUCAUAAUCGACUAUCCGGACACACGGGCGGCGAUUUCCGAUCUGCAUGAUUGUGUCAAGCAACUCAACAAUCUUCGCAGCGUCGCCACGUCCCUCCGUGCAGCAAUCCAGAAGCGGCUUUUGCAUCCAGGGGCCACGACAAACGACAUUCUGACGCAAUACAUCUCGGCGAUUCGUUGUCUGCGUCUUCUUGACCCAACAAGCACAGUGCUGGAAAUUGUCGCAGGUCCAAUCCGCGGAUACCUUAGAUCAAGGGAGGAUACGGUGAUGUGUAUCGUGCAGGACAUGGUGGCCGAGGAAAGCGAGCUAUUUGAGGAUCUGGCAAGCGGCGGUAUAAUCGAAGACGAUGAGGCAGGAGGGCUGUAUCUGACGGCACAGCGGCGGGACGCGGAUGUACUGAGCUUGCUGGUCAGUAUUUUCGACACCAAGGAUGUGUUUGUCGAGGAGUUUGAGAAACACCUGGCCCAUCAGCUUCUUUUGUGCGCUGACUACGAGACGCAGCGCGAGAUCAAACAGGUCGAGAUGAUGAAACUCAGGUUUGGCGACGAGGCGCUUGAGCGGUGCGAGGUUAUGCUGAAGGACUUGGCUGAUUCGAAGCGCGCCGACCAGUAUAUCGCAGAGGUCAGCGUGCACAACGGGUGGGAGAUGCCAAUGCACACGACGGUUGUAUCACGGCAGUUCUGGGGCAGCGUGCCCAGCGAGCAGUUCACGAUGCCUGCAGAGAUGGCCUCACUACGGGACCAGUCGCUAAAGGCGGCCCGGAAGCUCGAGUGGCGUGAUGCGCUAGGAGCGGUGACUCUGGAGAUCGGGCUUGCUGAUCGGACAUUAGAGGUCAGUGCUAAGCCGGCUCAGGCAGCGGUAUCUCAGGCACUGGAAUGUUCGGAGGAGUUUGCACUGCCGAGGAUCAGGUUCUGGCAGGCGCGCGGUGUCAUUCGGGAGACCAGUGGUGGCGUGUUCGAGGUGGCUGAGUCGGAGGCGAUGGCCACGGAUGCUACACGCAACGCUGACAAGAGUAUCGACGAUACGGCUGAGGAGGACGGACUGGAGGAAGUGGGUGCACUGCGUGUGCACUUCAAGUAUGUGGUCGGCAUGCUGACCAACUUUGGGCCACUGCCCCUGGACCGCAUCCACAGCAUGCUGGACAUGUUUCUGCCAGGCGAAAAGAUCGAGCCAGAUGAGCUCAAGGCGUUCCUGGCGCUGAUGGUGCGCGAGGACAGGCUGGAGCAAACAGGCGGAAUGUAUAAACUCAAAUGAACAUUUAAUUCUAC